GUCGUCAGCCUGUUGCGUUCGACAUUCGAUUUCGAUGCUGGGUGAAAAUCCAUCAGAGGAACCAAAGCCACAAGCUCCAGCAACAGUUCAAGAUUCCGAAUCAGUUAACGUUUCGCGACGCGACGCGUGAAUACAUAAAAUAAAUUAGAAAAAGAUAAACAAGCCAUAAAAGCAGGGGGGCUCUUUCCCAAAAUAAGACAAUUCGAAAACCCACGCGAAAUAUAUAGUAUCUCGAUCGUCAUAAAUCAAUCCGUCGAGUGUGCAUCCGAGUUCCGCAGAUCCAGCGAAAUUAGAGGCAAUUACCACUGAUAAGAAUGAUGAAAGCCACAGCAUGGUUUUGUCCGGUGUUAUUAACUUUACUGUGUGCCACAAGGCUCGUCUGCACGGCCCAAAGAGGAGCGGUUGGAGCAGGAGGAGCUGCGGGAGGAUCGGGAGCGGCAGCGGGUGCAGCGGAGGUCGGCGGAAGCGGCCGCACAAACGGAUAUCCUCUGGACUACCCGGAUGGAAUACGGAACUCACAGGAUGACUUUCUGCUGGCCAAGAGGAACAAACCGUCGCUGUCCAUUGUCAAUCCGCUGGAUGUGCUGCGCCAGCGGCUGCUCCUGGAAAUCGCACGCAGGCAAAUGAAGGAGAACUCCCGCCAGGUCGAACUGAAUCGCGCCAUCCUGAAGAACGUGGGCAAGAGGGUCAUGUUGCGAGGAGGAGGUGGAGGAUCGGGAGCAGGAGGAUUGGCUCCCAAGGUGAGCAGGCGCUACCGCCAGCAGUGGCCAGUGGAGCGGGAACUGGAGCGGGAAAGGCAGAGGGAGAGGGAAAGGGAUGCAGUUCGUGAGGAGCAGCUGGACCGUCAACAGCUGCUGCCCUGGAAGCAUUUCCCCAGCCAACUGUGGAGCUACGGAUGGGCCCAGUCGCCGUACAAGGAGUCGUCACAGUUACAGUUUGCGGACUCCCAGCAAUCAGCGUCGACUGGACCACAAUCCCAGGCACUCCAAAAGCAGUUGCAGUUGCUCAGCUAUGCGAAGAAACCACUGGACGUGGCCGGAAUGGGUCUGGCCAGGCAUCGGGUCAGCGGAAAUGAAGCCAACGAAACAAAUCAUGAGAACGACGAUGGCAAUGGGGCCAGUAAAAACCCGGCGAGAUAUGUGGAUGACGACGACGAUGAAGGCGAGGACAGCUACAAUGACGUGGGAACGGAGGGUGUGGGACUCGGACUGGGAAUGGGUGUGGGAUUGGGUCUGGAACGGUUCGAGGUGCUGGAGGACAAGCCCAACUGGGCCAACGAGGAGCCGAACGAGUUGAUGGUGGUUAAUGCAAAUGACCGCGUGCCCUGGUCCUUUCCCUACCGCUUUCACAAAAGUCAGCAUAACGUUAAUUAAGGAAGUAGGGAUUGAGAUGCAAACACAGAUAUACAGACACGAUAAAGAUACAAAUGCAGAUGCAGAUACAGAUACAGAUAUAUGUAAUACCGACACAGAUACCGAAACGGAUACGAUGCGAUAGGGGCACCCAACGGCUUCUGAGUGCUGCAAGGUUAUUAAUGCAAAUCGACGGUUCCUAAUGGCUGGCUACAAGGCAGGCAUGUUGUGUGUGCACAUACUCCCUUGAUGACAAACUUACUCCCUCGUUGCUAGAUGUACUCGCAUUUGAACUCUAUUUUAUCGAAAAUAACCAACGGUGUAUGUAACGAUUUAUGCUACCUCUCUCACAGAUACUGUUGAAAAUAAAGUCCCCGAUUAAUGUGAAACAUACAUACAUACCCAUACUAACGUGCAUACUACUAGAUACAGAUACUUUACUAGAUCGAAAUGGCCGAAACUUUUGUCAAUACACCGAUGCUGCUAAGGAUUAUAAACGUAAUUGCAUGCAUGCAUGCGUAAUUGAUAGUGAUCUAUGUGUAAUUUACAUAAUUGUUUUAACGGUCGACGUUAAUUAAUCAAUCGCAUGCAAUAUUGACUAGUCAAAUGGAAUUUUCACGUUUUUAUCCACAUAAGCAAAACUUGUUUACCAACUAUUAAUUGUGGUUUACAUUCUCCGCGGGCGGAAAUCGGUUUUUAUGUUCAUUACGUUUGCUUCGCUGUGCUUUAACUUGUGCAAAACAAAAACAAAACAAAAAAAUGCUCAAAUAGAAUUAACAUAGUGCCGAAAGUACUGUUCACACGCUCUUUUCGUUAAAGCUGCAUUUGGUCACUAUUGAAUUUGCGCUGUUGAAGGGUUCAAGUUUUAAGCUAUCAAGCGACAAAUGGUUCCAAAUCAUACGAGUAACGAGUAACGAAUUACGAAUUACGAAUAACUAAUAACAAAUAACGAUUUUAACGUAGAUCAAAAUCAGAAAUAUUACCCAAGCAAGUACUUCGAUACAUGAAUACGCCACGUGUUGUGUAAAUUAACAAGGAAUUUACCGAGCAAAUUAACCAUUUAAACGUUACGUUCUGUACAUUAAUAAAUUUAAUACGAAUUGAUUGCCCUACGUGUAUGUAAAUAAAAGUCCUUUUUCAAAAGAGCUAAACUAAUGAAAUUGCAAAAAAAAAACUAGAAGAAAAUUAUAUACUAUACAAAAUUAUACGUAUGUACGGAUAUACUUAUUUAAAAAAUAAAAUCAUGAGGCAUUGACAUGACAUUCAAUUACAAA